GGAGAGUGAGAGACAGUGAGAGACAGAGAGAGAGAGAGAGAGACCACGUUGGCGCCGGCUGAUUGAUUGAUUGAUUGAAUGAUGAUAUAAGACGUCCGAUCCGCCGCGCAGCCACCGUAGUUUCAUAUUCCGUUCCGCUCCGUUUCUGCUUCCUCGGCCAUCCUAUCCAUCAGCAUGACUGCCACAGCGACUGCGAACGCGACCGCUCGUCCGAAUGUUACCACCACCACCACCGCCACAGUGCCAACCGACGUGCCGACGGGCCUGCAGCACCACAACCCGCUCGUCGACGAUGUCGCCGCGCGCAACGGUCGCCUCACCGCCGAUCGCGACCGCCUCUUUGCGCCAGAGCAGAUCUCGAUCGAUACGCUCGACGUCAACCUGAGCGCCGAGGGGGAGCAGUGCGAAGUGAAGCGAACAUGGACGGACGCUGCCGAGUUCAGUGCGCAAUGUCUGCAGCAGCCCACUCACGACAGUCGCUACUACAUCCUGAAGCCGUUCCGGCCGAAGGUGAUAUCGCGGUCGCCGCUGCACAUUACGGAGGAGGCGGCGCGGCAGCUGCUCGCGACGCACGAGGUCAUGCCGAGUUUUCUCGACCACCUACAUGCGUACGGUCGGCGCAAGAACCGCGAGCAGGAUGGAUGCUUCGGUGGUGGACGCUAUCUCCUCGGGUUCUCCGAGGAGUCAAAGGUUACCCAGCACGAGAUCGCGUAUACGGUUAAGUUUGGCGUCAAUAAUGGCCGCAAGGAGGAGACCAGCCCGUAUCUGUACAGCAUCCGUCAGACAAGUGUGUAUCAGAAGUUUUGCUACGAUGAGCGGAAGUCCGUGUGGAUCCUGGUGCAGCCGUCGGACGCGGUGCAGCGGCGGCUGUACGCGGCGGCGCCAAAGGAGGUGGUCCUGGCUGGCGGGAACCCGCUCAAGAUGCAUCUGCUGUUCUUCUCUGCGGCGAGCGAGGGGUGGCGGGACUACUACAACCACCUUGAAAAGAUCUUCUACGAGACGACGGCGGCGGCCGUCAACUACACCGUGCAGCGGAGCAACGAGAAGUACACGCCGCAGGGCAUGCAGGGCCCGCAGGUCCAGCACUUUGAGGGCACGCGCGGCGAUCCGCUCGAGAAGUUCCAGGUGGAUUUCCAGGAUGUGCAGGAUCUGCAGCGGCUCGAGGAGCUGCUCCGCCGCGUCAAGACUGCGAUCGAGGUCAACUCCGACUCGAUCCGCAGUCUCAAGGCUUUGAACAACAAGCUGCGGGAGCUGUCCUCUGCGACGACAGGCGGGAUGACGCUCGCCGCGUGGAGCGAAGUUGACAUCGAGGCGUCGCAGCAACUCGCGAUCCUCGAGAGCCACAAACGCAACUUCGAGUCGCUGCUGCAGAACGUGCACGGCCGCUCGCAGCUGCUCUACAACGUCCUCGACUUCAAGAACGCGCUCACAGUCUCGCACCACUCCCAACGCGCGGUCGAUAUCCGCGCCCUCCAGGCAAACGAACAGACUAUGAUGACGAUGCUGAACGAGAUGUCGAUGCGCGACGCCAUCGGCGUGCGCAUCCUGACGCUGCUGGCGACGCUGUACGUGCCCGCCUCCUUCGUGGCAACAUUUCUCGACGCCGGCGUCGUAACAUUCGACGAGACGCGCAGCACCAAGGCGGGCAUCGACUUCAGCCGGAUGCGGGUGUCACGGGAGACGACUGUGUUCUACCUGGUAUUCACCACGCUGCUGAUGGCGAUUACCUACGGCUGCUGGUGGCUGUGGCAGCGCACCGCCACCGGUCAGGUCGAGAAGAAACUCUCCAUCACCCGCGCGAACUCUAUGGAGCCCGAGAAGGGGCUGCUUCGCAGCCCCACCGCCGGCACUGCGGGAAGUAAUCCCAUGAGACAGCAGAGGAGACUGGGAAGUCUGCUCCCCAUCUCGCCGCAAGGUACGCACCAUCAUGGUGCACCGCCGCCGAUGACGCCCGUGCCGAUGACCCCUAUGUCACCGACGUCCCCGAUGUCGCCAAUGUCGCCAAUGUCGACUAAGUCGAGGAGUACGUGGGCUUGAUUUUUGGGCUUGAUUUUUGCGUUGAGUGUUUUUGCUUUUGAUUUUGAUUUUUGGGAAUGGGAGUUUGGGGGCAUUUAUUGGCGUUUGGGGAUCAAAAUGUAAUGGAAACGAAGGAAUGAAUCAUGAACUGCUAUGCAGAGGAUUACUCAUGUUCCGAACAAGUACCUGCUAUGUACCUGAAG